AUGUCGGCAGUUACGGAGGUUCAGAACACCACAACCGAGGCCCUGGCCGCCCUGCCAGACGGGGGUGAAGGCGCCCUGGUGACGCUGGUGGCGGGCGACACGAGGGUGGCGGCUCACAGGGCCGUGUUGGCAGCCGCGAGCCCCGUGUUCGCAGCGAUGUGCGCGCACGACGUGCUGGAGGCCAGCUGCGGCCAGGUGAGCAUCGACGACGUGGAGGGCCCGGUGCUGAGGCUCCUGGUGGCCUACACGUAUACCCUGCAGGCCCCCCAGCUGCCCGACACGGCCCCCCAGUUGCUGGUGGCGGGCGAGAAGUACGGCUUGUCGGGCCUCAAGGCUGCCUGCGAGCGGCAGCUGAUCUCGCAGUUGGCCGUCGAGACCGCAGCGGCGACGGCCGUCACGGCAGUGAGGCACUCGUGCCCGGACGCCACCAGGGCUGCCGUCGCCUUCAUAAAGGACCACGCGGGGCUGGGCGGACGCUGUGCUCGAGUACCCGCAAGAAGUCAACCGAGUCAUCCGUCUCCUCACUCGACGACCGCCACAACUCUGACCGUCAACCCCACAGCGGCCACAGCCGGACUCCUGCUGCAGCUGCGCCUCACACGUCUGCCCGACACACCCCUCCACCUGAUGACGCAGCCACCUCUCGCUUCCGAGCGAGGCAGGAGGCUGAUACAGGCGGCUGGGGAUGGGGAGGUGGAGGAGGUGCGGGCGUUGCUCGCGGCUGGGGCGGACGUGGGGGCGAGAAGCGGGGGCGGGCGGACCCCCCUGCACUCGGCUGCACUGAACGGCCACGCGGCUGUGGUGCGGCUGCUGCUCUCUGCGGCGUCCGACCCCAGCGCCAGGACUCACUGGGUGCGGACGCCGCUGCACGGUGCGGCAUGCUAUGGCCACGAAGAAGUGGCGGCUGCGUUGCUGCAGGCCGGAGCCGACAAGGGGGCGAGGGCCGAUAAUGGGCAGACCCCCCUGGACAUCGCCAGGCGGUACAACCAUCACCAGCUCGUCCAGAUGCUAACAGAGCGUUAA